AUGCCCGACAACUCCUCAACGCAAAGCGCUCAGGAUGUCCCUCACAUUCAGAUCCGAAUCAACUCUGGUCAACAUGAGCCCAUUACGGAUUCGGAAGAUCGCUUCUCGACAGUCCCGAGUCAUCAAAUUGGACGAGCUUUGAUACCAGGCGUGGCCCUGUCACCGUCUGCCGGGACAUUACAUACAGUAUACGAGUCCUCCAAUCUGCAAGAUUCGUCUGAAUUUCUCCUACCACCGCGCCCGCAUCGUUUUAAGGAAGAGUACGAACCAUACCGGUCACCAGCACCUUCAAUACACUCGUCAAGGCGAACGAGCUGGAGCUCAGAGGCAGGGAGCUACGACACGAGGGGAUAUCCUUACAAUCCAUUUGAAGAUUCACGCGCCUCAUCCCGAGCAGAUAGCGAUGAAAAUGAUCUGAACACCCAGACAGUCGCCGAAAAAUACAACAUCACGCCUACGGACGGCUUGCUUCUCUUUCCUGAGCCGGAGGAAAAGGACGAUUAUCUGCAUAACCCAGAUCCGAACGAUAAAGAAGGACAGUGCGACUUGUGGAAUCGUCGCGGCAUCUUAAACGUGACGGGCCUAGUACUGCUGACCUUAGGUUUUCUAACACUCUUCAUUGGCUAUCCCGUGAUAACGGCGGUGAAAGGCAGGCUAGAUAAGUCUGGCCCUACAUGUAACCCGGGCGAUACGCUCUGUCUAGACGUCGGGGAACGCCCGUUGUUGUCGAACAUACGAAGAGGCUUGAUAGAUCCGGACACACCGGAUUCCGCCAAAACCAAGACAUCCGCGGAUGGGAAGGAGUGGAAGCUUGUAUUCUCGGACGAAUUCAAUACUGAAGGUCGGACCUUUUAUGAUGGAGAUGACCCGUUCUAUCAGGCGGUUGAUCUCUGGUACGGAGUGACGCAGGACUUGGAGUGGUACGACCCAGAUGCGGUCACGACCAGAGAUGGGGUCCUGGAGAUUCGUUUCGAUUCCUUCCCCAAUCAUGAGCUGAAAUACCGAUCAGGAAUGCUACAAAGCUGGAACAAACUGUGCUUCUCGGGGGGUCGCCUGGAAGCAAGCAUAUCCCUACCGGGGUCGGGUGAUGUGUCUGGAUUCUGGCCCGGUUUCUGGGCGAUGGGAAAUCUGGCCCGGCCUGGGUACGCUGCGACCACAGAAGGGAUGUGGCCCUACAGUUAUCAUGAUAAGUGUGAUGCUGGCAUCACCCCAAACCAGAGUUCCACCGAUGGCAUCAGUUACCUUCCUGGAAUGCGCUUGCCUGCCUGUACUUGCGCAGGCGAGGAACACCCAAGCCCUGGCAAAUCUAGAAGUGCGCCGGAGAUCGAUGUGAUCGAGGCAAGCGUGAUUUCUCUGAACAAUAACCCAAAUGCAGUCAUUGGCUCUGUCUCCCAGAGUUUGCAGAUGGCGCCGUUUGACAUAUGGUACAUGCCUGAUUACGAAUUCACGGCUGUAUAUGAUCCUCACAUAACGCAAAUCAACAGUUAUAGAGGAGGUCCAUACCAGCAAGCCAUGUCUGGUCUCACUAAUCUGAACAAUAAGUGGUAUAACGGCACCGAGUACCAAGUCUAUGCCUUUGAGUAUAGCCCUGGCGCUGAAGGAGACAUCACCUGGUUUGUCGGGGCCGAUAAAACCUGGACCUUGGAUGCUAGAGCUAUCGGCCCUAAUGGUAAUAUUGGUCAGCGCAUGAUUCCCCUUGAGCCGAUGUCCGUCGUCAUGAACCUGGGCAUGGCCUACAACUUCGCGGCCAUCAAUGACUCGAUCAGAAACUACAUGCCUGGCAUCAUGCGGUUCGAUUAUAUUCGGAUUUACCAGGAUCCUGACAACAUCAGUGUCACUUGCGACCCUCCGGGCUAUGAGACGACCGAAUACAUUGCGAAGCACCCGAGAGCCUACCGCAAUGCCAACACAACAACAUG